AGCCCAUGAUUAUCUUCGUUCUUCACCGACGGAGCCCUAACGACAGUCCCCAGCAGUAGGCGCCCGUGUACGUCACUUCCUUUUCCGCCGAGCGUCCGACCGCUCAUGCAGCGUUUCCCUACACGCAUCCUUAAGACUAACUGGCAAUAUCAGUACGCGAGUUUUAAAAUCUUCUUUGCUGACGGAUUGACAGCAUUUCUUGUGGACGCAGUUUGUUUCUUUACAGCAUCAGCUUCCUACAGCAAUGUCUCGCUUCUUUGCGACUGGAUCUGACAGUGAGACAGAGGAGUCCUCAUCUGGGGAGGAGGUCAUUCCCAAAACCACUGGGACCACCUUCACUAAACAGUCUCUGCUGCUAAGCGACGAUGAAGAGGACACCAAAAGGGUGGUGCGCAGUGCCAAGGACAAGAGGUUCGAGGAGCUUACAAACCUGAUCAAAACUAUCAGAAAUGCCAUGAAGAUUCGGGACAUGUCAAAAUGCUUGGAGGAGUUUGAGCAGCUAUGUCGGGCAUUUGUUAAGAGCAAGAAUAUUGUGGACAAGGAGGGUGUUCCUAAGUUCUACAUCCGGCUUCUGGCUGACCUUGAGGACUACCUGAAUCAGUUGUGGGAGGAUAAAGAAGGGAAGAAGAAGAUGAACAAGAACAACGCCAAGGCCUUGAGCACCCUGCGACAGAAAAUCCGCAAAUACAACCGUGACUUUGAAAAUGAAAUUAACAACUACAAGGAGAAUCCAGAGCAGUCCCCCGACGAGGAGGAGGAGAAAGACGAGUGGCCUUCAGGUUCGUCUUCAGAGAGUGAGGACGACGAGGACAAAGGAGAGAAGGUAGCGAAGAACAGAAGCUCAUUCCUGAAAAAGAAACCCAGCAGUGAGCCCCUUCCCGAUGCCAAGAAGUUCCUCAAGGGGGCUGUGGAUGAAGAGUCAGAGAGUGAAGAUGAGGAAGAUGAUGAAGACUGGAGUUCAGACACAGCAGAAAGUGGCAGUGAGAGUGAAGAUGACGAAGGAAAGAAUGCCUCCCUCGCUGCGGUUUUCCUCAAAAAGACUCAGGAGCCUGACAAACAAGCUGCUGGAAAGAAGAAAAGGAGACCAAAGAAAAUUGGGCAGCAAGAUGAGGAGGGUGAAGAGGAGCUAGGUGACGAAGAAGAGAGUGGUUGGAAGAAGGUCAAAGGCGGCGUGCCCCUGGUCAAGCCAAGGAUGUUUCCCAAGGGCACUGAGAUAAACACUGCUGUUGUUGUCAAGAAGUUGAAUGAGAUCCUUCAGGCUCGGGGCAAGAAGGGAACUGAUAGAGCUGCCCAGAUUGAGCUCCUCCAUGCUCUUGCUGGAAUUUCCAAUGAAAACAACUUAGGAGAGGGAAUUCUGGUCAAGAUCAAAUUCAACAUCAUCGCCUCGCUCUACGACUAUAACCCCAACCUGGCUGCUUUUAUGAAGCCUGAGAUGUGGAAGAAUUGUCUAGAUUGCAUCGAUGAACUGCUUGAUAUUUUGUUUGACAACAGUAACAUUUUCAUUGGGGAAAAUAUCGCAGAGGACAGUGAAAACCUCGGCAUAUCUGAUCAGCCAUUCCGGGUUCGAGGUUGCAUUCUGACUCUGGUUGAAAGGAUGGAUGAGGAGUUCACCAAAAUCAUGCAGAACACUGACCCACAUUCGCAGGAGUACGUGGACAACUUGAAAGAUGAGGGUCGCGUGUGCGGGAUCAUCGACCGCUUGCUGCAGUACCUGGAGAACAAGGGCAGCACAGAGGAAGUAUGCCGGGUCUACCUGCGCAGGAUCAUGCACACCUACUACAAGUUUGACUACAAGGCCCAUCGACGCAGCCUGGGCCUGCAGGGGGAGUCCAAGUCUGAGCAAGACCAAGAGGAGAGCGAGGGGGAGGACAGCGCAGUGGUGAUGGACCGGCUCUGCAAGUUCAUCUACGCGAAGGACCGCACCGACCGCAUCCGCACCUGCGCCAUUCUCUGCCACAUCUACCACCACGCGUUGCACAGCCGCUGGUACCAGGCCCGCGACCUCAUGCUCAUGAGCCACCUGCAGGACAACAUCCAGCAUGCCGACCCUCCAGUACAGAUCCUGUACAACCGCACCAUGGUGCAGCUGGGCAUUUGUGCCUUCAGACAGGGUAUGAUUAAGGACGCCCACAAUGCCCUUUUGGACAUCCAGUCGAGCGGCCGUGCCAAGGAGCUGCUUGGACAGGGUCUGCUGAUGAGAAACAUGCAGGAGAGGAAUGCAGAGCAGGAGAAGAUUGAGAAGAGGCGUCAGGUCCCCUUCCACAUGCACAUUAACCUGGAGCUGCUGGAGUGUGUAUACCUCGUGUCCGCCAUGCUGCUGGAGAUCCCCUACAUGGCUGCCCAUGAGUUUGACGCCCGUCGCAGGAUGAUCAGCAAGCAGUUUCACCACCAGCUUAGGGUCGGCGAGCGGCAGCCUCUACUGGGCCCCCCUGAGAGCAUGAGGGAGCAUGUGGUGGCGGCCAGCAAGGCCAUGAAGAUGGGCGACUGGCGCACAUGCCACUCAUUCAUCAUCAACGAGAAAAUGAAUAGCAAAGUGUGGGACCUGUUUCCUGAAAGCCAGAGAGUCCGGGAGAUGCUGGUCAGGAAGAUCCAAGAGGAAUCUCUGCGUACCUACCUCUUCACCUACAGUAGUGUGUAUGACUCCAUCAGCAUGGAGACCCUCUCUGAGAUGUUUGAGCUAGAGUUGCCCACAGUUCACAGCAUCAUCAGCAAGAUGAUCAUUAAUGAGGAGCUCAUGGCAUCCCUGGACCAGCCCACACAGACAGUCGUGAUGCACCGCACAGAGCCCACAUCCCUCCAGAACAUGGCCCUGCAGCUGGCUGAGAAGCUUGGUGGGCUUGUAGAGAACAACGAGAGGGUCUUCGACCUCAAACAGGGCGUUUAUGGGGGUUACUUCAACAGGGACCAGAAAGGUGGUUACCAGCAAAAGCAGGGCUAUCAGAGAGACCAGAAAGGCGGGUACCAGCAGAAACAAGGAUACCAGAGAGGUGGCUACAGGAAUCAGGCUCAGAGCUCAUAUUGAUCGGUUGGAACCUGCUCUUGGAACUCCUGAAGUCCAGUUGAAUUUCCCAAAUGAACGAUCUUCAUUUAAUUACAUUUGCGUUGUUGCCGGCUAAGGCAUAAAAUUAUCUGCUCUUACAUAACUGCCGUGACUCUGUGUUUUUUUUUUAGUCAGGAUCUUUGUGGUACCAAUUUUCCUUUGUUCAGCUACCGUUUAGAAUGUUUGCAGGAACACAAACAUUGUUACCUUUAGUUGAAAUAUUUCCCAAGGAUUGUGAAAGUAUCUGAGUGCGCAAUUGAAUUUUAACCACAAGGAAUAAAGAUUACUCAUUCA